UGCCAAAGUGCACCUUCUCUGUGUUUUUUUUUUUUUCUUUUUCUUUUCAGCUUACUAAUAGAUAAAUAGUCAUUUAAUAAUGACUUAACCUGACCAGUCACUAGUCAUAGGUGCGGACUAACAUACUAAGGAUAAGAGUGAAAUGUAUUGCAGGAGUGUUUUUUUUAUCCGCAUGCUCAGUGACACUAGUGUUUGCGCUCGUGCACGAGCUGGUUGGAUCAGUCAACACUGUUAAUGGCGAGCGCCUUUUGCGUCUCAUGGACACGAGCACAGCAGAAUAACCUUGUUUUGGGGAGACCGGUGACUGUAGGGAAACAUGGCAGUCGUGAGGUCUGUCUUGAAGCUACUUGGCUGAUUUGACACUUUCAGCCCCUUCCCAGUGUGCACCUGUGCUGUGGUCCUUCUCUGGGCAAGUGAGCCCUAUCUAGAGCGGCUCCUUCAUGGCUGGGGAGAAGAGCCGUCGCAGUGCCAUGGACAUUAAGCGCCUAGCAGGGCUUCUGCAGCGUGGGGCCGGCCGCCUUCUUGUCAUCGACAGCCGCACCUUCUCCGAGUACAAUGCUUCACACGUGCAUGGAGCUGUCAACGUCUGCUGCUCUAAACUUGUCAAGAGGAGACUGCAGCAGGACAAGGUUUCAAUAACGGAACUCCUACAGCCCAACGGCAAGGUCAAGGUUGAUCUGAGCAGGAGGCAUGAGGUGGUGGUGUAUGACCAGAGCACUAAGGAUGCUGGUCAACUUUCUAAAGACGGCUUUGUCCACAUUCUCCUGAGCAAGCUGGAUGGGACAUUCCACAAAGUGUCCCUGCUUACAGGUGGCUUUGCAGCGUUUUCCUCUUGUUUCCCAGGUCUCUGUGAAGGAAAGCCAGUGGCCACGCUACCCAUGAGCCUGUCUCAACCCUGCCUGCCGGUGGCCAAUGUGGGCCCCACGCGCAUCUUGCCUCAUCUCUAUCUAGGCUCCCAGAAAGAUGUGCUUAACAAGGAUCUGAUGGCCCAGAAUGGCAUCACAUAUGUGCUUAAUGCCAGCAACACAUGUCCAAAACCUGAGUUCAUCUCUGAGAGCCACUUCAUGCGCAUUCCUGUCAAUGACAACUAUUGUGAGAAACUCUUACCCUGGCUGGACAAAACUAAUGAGUUCAUUGACAAAGCCAAGGUUUCCAACUGCAGAGUCAUUGUCCAUUGUUUAGCUGGCAUCUCCAGGUCUGCCACUAUUGCCAUUGCUUAUAUCAUGAAGACAAUGGGCUUGUCAUCGGAUGAGGCAUACAGGUUUGUAAAAGAUCGCAGACCUUCAAUAUCACCAAACUUUAACUUCCUGGGCCAGCUGCUUGAGUUUGAGAAAGGUCUCCGUCUGCUGAAAGCACUGUCUUCAGGUCAGGAGAAGAAUGAGCAGCCCAGCAAGGCAGAGGAACCAAAGAGGGAACCCACCUCCAAACCAGAGAAAGCUCGACUAGAUGGCGAGUCAGAGAUCUCAGAGGCAGACAUCAAGCUGCCAUCUCCCACGUCACUCCAGCAGGGCUUUAAUGGUCUUAAUCUGUCAGCUGAGCGCAUCCUGGAUACCAACCGCCUCAAGCGCUCCUUCUCCUUGGACAUAAAGUCUGUCUAUACACCCAACCAAUGUCCCCACCUCGCGCCUAUUCAUGUUGAGGAUGUUCCCAAGCUCUGCAAAUUGGACAGCCCUAGUCCAGGGUCAUCAAAUGGUGUGUGCCAGUUGUCUCCAUGUUCAGACAGCCCCAGCUCAGUAGAUUCACCAAGCCCAGUGGCUGAGUGCAGUGCGAAGGUUCGCUUGCGCAGGAAAAACAAGCACAAUGGAGCCGGCUCACCUGUGCAGUCUCUAAGCCUGAGCUUUGGGCGUACGUUGUCCGGGCACAAGAGCCCAAGCCUAGACGAGAACCUGAAGUCCGCAAUGCUGCUUGGCCUGCCUGUAGCUGGCACUGGGCCCAUGUGGACCAAACACCGGGACACUUCACAGGCUACCACACCAGUCACACCAACAGGCGAUGCCCCCUGGUUCUAUGAGUCACUGACUAGUACAGGGGGUGGUUCAUCUUCAGUACAUUUUGCUUCACUGGGCUGUAGCCCACUCCCUGGGCCGUGUGAGGCUGUGCGGUUACGUCAGAAGGCAGGAGAUGUACGGGAGACUCGAGCGAGCUGGCAUGAGGAUGCACCUGGCUCUGCUGGUGGUACUGACAAACAGUUCAAGCGACGCAGUUGUCAGAUGGAGUUUGAAGACGGAAUCUCAGACACACGUUCGAGAGAGGAGCUAGGCAAGAUUGGUAAGCAGUCCAGCUUCUCAGGCAGUAUGGAGAUCAUUGAGGUGUCCUGACAGAUGCACUGCACCAUGGGACUGGCUGGCACAAAGGUGGGCAGGUGCCACAUACAGUUGAGGAAGGACUAAGGGACAGAACAUCAACGGUUGAUUUUUGAAUUUAGGAGAAACUGUUUUAGUGUGUAGGACUGUGAGCAAUUAAUUAUGGAUUUUUGUGGUUGUCUCUGAGAUUCAGAGUCAGUUGAGCUGGAUGCAGACAGACUUUACGCUGUCUCUGCAGUUUAUAAGCCAUCAUUAUCCCAGAACUAUUUGGGAGGAAUAAGGACAGAACUGUUGUAUUUGAUUGCCGAAUCCAACUGUACAGUGUACAUGACAUUUCCGUCUCCAACAAAAAGCUUUACCAGCCUCACAGUGUAUUGAGAUUAGAGCAUGGCUCAAUGUCCUCUGGUCACACUUGCAUCUGGUAUUACUCUCACACAAACUCGGUGGACUUGCACAUCUACAGUUCAAGGGGCCUCUACCGACACACUUGAAGGCCUGGUAUAGACUUGUGCAGAACAGAUGAAGGCUUCUUUGUGCACUGCUUUGUUCCCCCCUGCUCCUGUAUGCCAGUAAAUAAUCCUGGAGGAGGAUGCAGGAAUGUUAUGGAAAAAAAUGCAUUGUGGAAGUUUUCCUGCAGUGCCUACUGUUUUUUCUUCUGUGUUUGUUCUUUAACUUUUCCCUGAUUUCACUCCCCACACACUGUACAACGGGUGGGCACGAAAGGAACCGCCCACCUUUCUCACACUGAGCAUGUUGCCGUAUAUGAGGCUGCUGGUUUCCCUACAGAUGAAUAUUAUCCAACCAUGCAUAGCUCUCUUAAUGAACAUUCAAUCUUUUGUUUCUUAUAGUUUUAAUUUAUUAUAUCUGUUCAUUCUGGUAAUGAGAAAUAAUAUAAUGAUUGUGGAUUCUUCUUUUUUUGGUGUUGACCUCAAUGUUUGACUACAAGGUAUUUAUGAAUUCAUUCACAAAACUGAUACAUAACUACAAGCAAUAUAUCAUCUUUUCUUAAUCUUUUGUCUUUAUUUUCAAAUGUAAGGGAGAGCGAUUAUUAAAAUGAGUUUACAUGGUAAUUUGUAAUGCACUUUCUGUUGCUUUAAGAAGGAGAUCAUGAAACCUCUCAUCAUAAGGGUACCACAAAUAUUUUACAAACCCUGAUGCAUUACACUACACCUGUCCUGAACUUUCACAUGCUGGGACUGUUUCAGUUUAGAGUCUGUCCAAAAUUUUAGCUCUGAAAUAAAAUAAGCCUGUAAGCAUGUAUAAUCUAAAAUACUAAGAAUUGAUCCAUAUGUUAUCCUGGCCUCCCGAAAUGGUUUUAAGUAAGUGAGCUUUUUAUCUAUAAGCACAUGUGUGAAAAUGUUGAGAGACUCGAAAGGACUUAUGUUUGUCCCCUUUUUCUAUUAAUAUUUAUAUUAUUUAUUGUGAGCUUGGGCCUGUUCAUGGAUGAAGUGUGAAUGACUAAUGACAGAGGACCUUUUUGAAUCCAAACCAUCAAACAGAUGAGUAUUUUUGAAUGAGGUCGAUCUUGCUUUCUUUCACUCUUUUUACCUGCAGGUGAUAUUAAAAUUAACGUAGAAGAUUUGUUGUUAGAAAAUUAUGGUAUUAGUUCAAUUUAGUAGCUGUGCCUACCAGUCAUAUAGUCUUGGUUAUCUCUACUUUUAGAAAGGUUUGUGUUGAGUUAAAUGGAGGCAACUCUGAUGUGGUGUGGUAGAAUGAUGGCACAUGACGCUCCAGUUCAGCUCAGGGGAAGUGCACACAAGUCCCAUCUCUGAGCUCUGGGUACCUGCACAACUCUCAUCCUCUCUCUCUUUUUCUUAUUUGCUCGUUGAUUUUCUCUCUCACUCUCUUUCUCAACUACAUGCAAAUUUACUAUGUAAUUAACUCUUUCUCUCUUAUUUCUUAUAUGUUCCAAAGGUUUAAGGAAAUCCCACUAAAAGGGCCUCUUAUGUUUGUACAUGUGCAUGGUGUUGCCCCUUGGCCGUGGGAUGUUUGGCUAUUUAUUUAUGGAUGUAUUCUCAGUUAAGCUACUCUGUAUGGCAAAUCCUUGUCCUUGUAUUUGUGCUGAAGUUUGUUCUUUUUUCUUUCCUUGUGUGAAACAUUACCUGUAUUUCCUUUUAUUUCAUCACCUUUAUAUUUUUAAACAUACUGUUAUCAUUAUUUAAGACAUGUAAUGAAAAGAUGCAGGCUGUCCUUUUUUGCUGAAACUGUUUCAUUAUUAUUAUUAUUAUUAUUAUUAUUAUUAUUAUUAUUAUUAUUAUUAUUAUUAUUAUUAUUAUUAUUAUUAUGUUGUGUAAAUAGCAACGUAUCUAGAAGAAUAACUGAAAUAGGUUACUUUUUCAGAGAAAAUCCUAAUACCUUAGGCUGCUUGACGCAAAAUACCUCAGGUUCUAUUCAAUGGCUUUUUCCUCCCCUGUACCUGUUUUGUGAAGAUGAAACAAAAAUACAAACAUCAUAAAAUUUGA